AUGGUUCCGUUCAAGACAGUAGAAAACGAGAGGUUCAAAUGCCUGCUCAAAGUAGUUGACCCCCGGUACGAGCUGCCCAGCCGAAAAUACUUCUCCAACACUGCUAUUCCACGUCUCUAUUCUGAAUGCCGAGAAAAGAUUGAACGAAAAGUUCAGAAUGUCCAGUUUUUCACAACAAAUGACCAUGGCGACCCACUAAAAAUAUGGCUGAUGACCCCUCUCACCAAUCCCCAGACUGACCAAGAGCGGAGGUACAAUGAUGCCCAUUCACGCACGCAAUCAGUCAUGGAGCUGGCAGUUGGCAUGCUGAAGGGGCGAUGGCGCUGCCUGGACCGGACUGGGGGUGUGCUGCUCUACAGACCUGAAAAGGUAUGCCGCAUUGUGAUGGCAUGUGGCGUCCUUCACAAUGUGGCACACCGGCACGCCAUCCCACUGCCAGAGCAGCACAUCCCCCCACCAGACGAACCAGACGCUGUACUUGUCGAUGCCAAUCCUGCCCGGGAGGCCAUUCGGGCCCGUGAUGCUGAGAGGCUGCUCCACGCCUUUGUCUCCUCCAGGCUGGACUACUGUAACGCCCUCCUCAUCAGGAUCCCGGGUAGAAGCCUGCAGAAGCUUCAGUACAUCCAGAACUGCGCUGCCCGGAUCCUGACGAGGAGGCGCAAAUAUGAUCAUUUUACCCCCAUACUGUGGUCCCGCCACUGGCUAACCGUCCGUUGGAGGAUAGAGACUGAGACAGUUGGUGCAGUGGAGACAGACUCAGGCAAAGAUGUGGACCCAGAGAGAGGGGACGUAAAAGGGACUGAAACAGAUGAAGGGGACACGCAGCUUCUCCAUGCUGGCAUGCUGGUAGUCAAAAACAUGGUCAAAUUCCAGAUAGACUGUGGCGCCAGUUGCAAUGUCAUUCCCAUUAACCUGCUGAACCCAGACACCAAGCUGGAACACACCAAAAGUGUAUUAGUGAUGUACAACAAAAGUGCCCGUGGUCGUGAAUUCCCGUGGGUGCAAGCGCUGGUGUGCCUGGAGGAGUGCUGGGUGCUGGAGCCGAGGAGGAACACACAGGGCAAGGUGCUGAGGCCAGUCGAUGGGAAGUCCUAUGAGGUCCAGUUGCACUCUGGGGGUGUCAUUCAGAGAAACUGCAGACACCCCAGGUGUGCACCUGGGAUGAGCUUUAGUUACCCUGCCGAUAUGGAGAUCAGCAUCCCCAGUCAGGCAGAGGCUGUGGGACAUGAACAUUCAGAUACUGUUCCCCCGCCUCCACCCAGAGACACUGGGGACAAAGACAUGCCUGCCACAACCAGAGCUGGUCGCGCAGUGGUGCAGCCACAGUGGAACACCAUUAUUUUGAAAGUUCACUUUCUCUUUGCCAAACCCAAGAAGUGUGAGUAUCACCGCACAUAUGUUGGGUUCCUGGGAUAUGUGAUAUCCCGGGGCCAACUGGAACCCGACCCUGCCAAGAUCCAGGCCGUGACCGACUGGCCCACUCCGACGUCUUGGAAGGACCUGCAGCGGUUCUUGGAGUUUUCACAUUUCUACAGGAGGUUCAUCCAAAACUACAGCCAGGUGGCUGUACCCCUCACGAGUCUCACGUCCACGAUGACAGCGUUCAGGUGGAGCCCAGAGGCCAACACUGCUUUUCAUGCUCUCAAGGCACUGUUGCGCCCGUCCUGCGACACCCUGAUCCCGCCCUCCCUUUUGUGGUUGAAGUUGACACAUCUGACACGGGAGUUGGAGUGGUCAUAUCGCAGCACGAUCCCUUGUCCCAGAGGCUGGCUCUCCAAGAGUGGAGACACUGGCUGGAGGGGCCUCUCAAGCCUUUUACCAUUUGGACUGACCAUAGGAACCUGGCCUACCUGUGGCCAGUGUUCUCGGAACGAUAAACUGGAUGCCCUGUCUCAAGGCUUCUCUGCCUCCCACGAGACCCAGAAUCCUGCACCCAUUAUCCCGGAAGCCCGGACUGUGGACGCCGCCUCCUGGGAGAUCGAGGCAGUGAUCCAGAGAGCUCUGGUGGACGAACCGGACCCAAGUGAUGGCCCUCCAAAUUGGCUGUUCGUUCCUGCAGCCACCUGGUCGCAGGUCCUCCAGUGGGGACACGCCUCCAAGAUCGUCGGUUCUGGUAGCCUGGGAUGGCCCGGGACACGAGGCAGUAUGUGGCAGCCUGUACCAUCUGCGCCAGAGGGAAGUCCUCUCAUCGCCCCCCUGCAGGGCUACUCCACCCACUGCUGGUCCCCUGCCGUCCUUGCUGUGUAUUACGUCCCUCUCUCUGAGCUGCCAUCUGCCCUUGAGACUGCGGAACUGCUCACCGAGCAUGUCCGCCUCCACGGCAUCCCUUCCAACAUUGUCUUGGAUUGGGGACCGCAGUUCGCCUCUCAGACUAAUGGCCAGAAGGAGAGGGCUAAUCAGGACCUGGACUUGGACUCUCUGAAGAUCCAUUCUACCUUCCACAUGUCAUUUCUGAAGCCAGUGGACUCCAGUGACCUCUGUCCACCUGCUAAACCCCCGCCACCACCCCGGAUCAUUGACAACAGCCCAGCCUUCAUGGUUUCCAGGAUCCUGGAUUUCAGGCCUCGUGGCUGA